AUGCAUAUUAAAAGUAUUUUGGUUUCAUUUAUCUCCUCUGGGAUAUUGAAUGAUGAGAUCCUAUGUGUACUUCAGGAUGGUGGUGAUCAGCUUCGCCUUCAUAGUCCAUAUGAAAGUCCUCCGAAAAAUGGUCUAGAUAAGGGAUUUUCUGAUGUAAUUAUGUAUGAUGUACCUCCCAAGGGUUUUUUCCCUUCAGAUUCUGCUAGCGCUUCUGUUAAUUCCUUGUCUUCUGGAGGUUCAGAUAGUGUGCAUGGUCAGAUGAAGGGAAUAGGGAUGGAUAAUUUUAGAGUAAGCCUUUCAAGUGCAGUUAGCUCAUCAAGUCAAGGUUCUGGUCAUGAUGAUGGUGAUGCCCUGGGAGAUGUUUUUAUCUGGGGGGAAGGCACUGGGGAUGGUGUCCUAGGUGGUGGACCUCAUCGAGUUAGCAGUUCUUUUGGUGCCAAAUUAGAUUCUUUGUUUCCCAAAGCUUUAGAAUCUGCGGUGGUAUUGGAUGUUCAAAAUAUAGCUUGUGGUGGCCGACAUGCAGCACUAGUGACAAAGCAAGGCGAGAUUUUCUCUUGGGGUGAGGAAUCGGGAGGUAGACUUGGGCAUGGUAUUGAUUCUGAUGUUCUGCAUCCAAAGCUUAUAGAUUCACUCAGCCAUACAAACAUUGAGCUUGUUGCAUGUGGUGAAAAUCAUACUUGUGCCGUAACACUCUCUGGAGACUUGUACACAUGGGGUGACGGUGAUUUUGGUCUUCUUGGGCAUGGAAAUGAAGUUAGUCAUUGGGUCCCCAAAAGAGUAAAUGGACCCUUAGAGGGCAUACACGUCUCAUAUAUCUCAUGUGGGCCCUGGCAUACUGCGGUGGUGACCUCUGCUGGUCAAUUAUUUACUUUUGGCGAUGGUACUUUUGGUGUUCUUGGUCAUGGAGACAGAAAAUGUGUCUCUAAACCUAGGGAAGUGGAGUCUUUAAAGGGGCUCCGAACUGUACGAGCAGCUUGUGGGGUUUGGCAUACUGCAGCGGUUGUUGAAGUCAUGGUGGGAAGCUCAAGUUCAAGUAAUUGUUCAUCAGGAAAACUUUUUACUUGGGGAGAUGGUGAUAAAGGUAGACUUGGGCAUGGUGACAGGGAGUCAAAACUUGUCCCUACCUGUGUUGCAGCUCUUGUCGAACCAAACUUUUGCCAGGUUUCAUGUGGACACAGCUUGACAGUUGCAUUGACGACUUCUGGUCAUGUAUAUACAAUGGGGAGUCCUGUAUAUGGCCAAUUAGGUCAUCACCAAGCUGAUGGGAAGUUACCCCGUCGUGUUGAAGGCAGGUUGGCAAAGAGCUUUGUGGAGGAGAUUGCUUGUGGAGCAUAUCAUGUUGCUGUCUUGACUUCCCGAACUGAAGUUUACACAUGGGGAAAGGGGGCAAAUGGAAGAUUGGGUCAUGGGGAUACUGACGACAGAAAUUCUCCAACUUUAGUGGAAGCUUUAAAAGACAAGCAAGUCAAAAGUAUUGCUUGUGGUACUAAUUUCACUGCUGCUAUUUGCCUUCAUAAAUGGGUGUCAGGGGUUGACCAAUCCAUGUGUUCAGGCUGUCGUCUUCCUUUUAACUUUAAAAGGAAACGCCACAACUGUUAUAACUGUGGGCUUGUCUUUUGUCAUUCAUGUAGCAGCAAAAAAUCAAUGAGGGCAUCAAUGGCACCAAAUCCCAAUAAACCCUAUCGUGUCUGUGACAACUGCUUCAGUAAAUUGAAAAAAGCUAUGGAAACCGAUGCUUCUUCCCAGUCUUAUAUGAGUCGACGAGGAAGCAUGAAUCAGUCAGUAACUGAUAUGACAGACAAGGAUACUAAGUUGGAUACAAGGUCUCGAGCUCAGCUUGCUAGGUUUUCUUCAAUGGAAUCCUUCAAACAAGUAGAAAACCGUUUUUCCAAACAGAAGAAAAAACUUGAAUUCAACAGCAGUCGUGUUUCACCUAUUCCAAAUGGUACCUCUCAGUGGGGAGCUCUCAACAUUUCCAAGUCUCUUAAUCCAGUAUUUGGCUCCUCCAAGAAAUUCUUUUCAGCUUCAGUUCCUGGAUCAAGAAUUGUUUCUCGAGCAACAUCACCAAUAUCUAGACGGGCCAGUCCACCUCGUUCUACUACACCAACACCAACAUUGGGUGGACUCACGUCUCCAAAGAUUGUUUUGGACGAUGCUAAAAGGACAAACGAUGGCCUUAGCCAAGAGGUUAUCAAAUUAAGAGCACAGGUGGAAAAUCUCACGUGCAAGGCUCAACUUCAAGAUAUAGAACUGGAAAGAACUACUAAGCAGCUAAAGGAGGCAAUAGCCAUUGCUGGAGAAGAGACUGCCAAAUGCAAAGCAGCAAAAGAAGUGAUCAAGUCACUUACUGCUCAGCUGAAGGAAAUGGCUGAGAGGUUGCCAGUAGGUGCUUCCCGGAGCAUCAAAUCUCCUACAUCUUUAUCCUCGGGUUCCAAUAUUACCGCCAGUGACAUACCAAAUGGCUGUAUUGACCGAGUUCAUAGUCAACUAACUUUCCAAGAUGUGGAGUCAAAUGUAUCUAACAGUCAACUGCUUCCCAAUGGAUCAAGCAAUGCCAGUAAUCGCAAUGCUGUUCAAAACAGACAAGCGUUUCCAGAACCAACGACAAGAAAUGGGGCCAGAACAAAAGAAGGUGAUUCUCGUAAUGAGAAUGAAUGGGUCGAACAAGAUGAACCAGGUGUAUAUAUUACACUUACCUCCUUACCUGGAGGUGUCAAAGAUCUUAAACGUGUUCGCUUCAGUCGAAAACGGUUUAGCGAGAAACAAGCUGAACAGUGGUGGCAAGAGAAUCGUGCAAGAGUUUAUGAGCAGUAUAACGUGCGCAUGGGGGACAAGUCAAGUGUUGGCACUGUAAGCGAGGACUUACCACAUUGAAACAUGCUAAUAGAUUUGUAAGUGAUUUUUCUUUUCUUGACCUCUUCUUUUUCUUCCCUGCCGGAAAUCUGCUGUAUGGGGAAGAUCAUAUUCAUCACUUAGCUUGGCUUCUCAAAUUUGUGGGGUGGUAGCAGGGUUUGCCAUAAAAAGAACUAGGAGUAGAGGUUUGCUUUGUAAGUUUUCGUUAGCUUUUUCUUUUUCUUUUUAUGGCUUGACCUGUUCUUUUACAUUUAUCUUUUUUUUCCAUUUUCCCCCUCCAUAAUGGUGUUUGUGGGGAAUUGAGGGUGAGAGAUGUAAAGUUUUAGUAGGCUGCUUGCUCUAUAUUGGGAGUAGCUUCCUUGUAAAUUUCCAACGUAAAUGCAUCUUCAGAUAUCAAAUCCCUACCGUUUCUACAUUCA